GUGUUUCAUUGAAUGUACACUAAGUGCUCUAAGGGGACAUUCCUGUCAGCUUUCAUUGAUCUUGUGGGAACUAAUUUUAAAACCAUAAUUGAUUUUUUUUUUGUUAUUGGAAAUGAUUAUUGUAAUUCUGCUGUCGUCAUGCUUUACCAUAAUGGUGUCUGCAGGACCAGUCCUUCCUCCCCUCCUUUCACAAGGAGGAGUCACUCAAGGCACAAACCAGGAACCUGAUGCUCAGACACCGGCCCCACUUUCCCCUAGGGCGGAGCAACCACAGUCUGGGGUGCCCCAGCAGCCAGGUCCCCAGGGUGGACCACAAGUCCUGCCUCCCACACAACACUACACCUGGUCUCCACUAGGAGGAGAUCCAAUGAUCAUGCCUCUGCAGCCGAGCAUUCAUGGAUCUCAGCCAAACCAGCCAACACUCCCACAGCAGCCUUGGAUUUUCCCCCCUUAUACAUACUUUCCUCUUUUGUCAUCGCCCUAUUCAAAUCAACUGUUUUCCCCAUAUGGAUUCCCAAUUUUUCUUGCAUCACCUCUUCCACAAACUCCAGCAAAUCAACCUCCAAACAGACUAGUGUUACCUGCAGAAACACCUUCUGGAGCUGUUCCUUCAGGGAAUACACCUCAGCCAAUUCAGCCAAUUCAGCAACAACAGAAUCCCCAAAUUGUAUACAUGCUCCAGCAACGCAUGAACCCAGCACUUGGCAGUCUUAGCUCAGAGGAACUUGAGAUGGCAGCUAAAAUGGCUCAGCUGGGUGUGUACCUCCCCAAUGUGCUCACAAACCCGUCUGCAGGAGCCGUUCAGCCUGUAAACCAGGCCGCUGGGCUCAAAAACCCUGAACAGCAAGGCAUCGUUCCAACUGUGGGGACCUCGUCAAUAGGAGUCCCACAGACGCAGAGUCCAGCCAGCUCUGGACCACAGCCGAACACUAACAGGGUCCCCUUAGGUUUGGAGAGACCAACACAGGAGGCGGCCACUGUCCAAACACCUGCUGAACCCAAACUGCAAUCCACACAGGGAAACCUUGUCUGAGACUGCAGCCACCAGCAGAGAUUCAUUGUGACUUACUGAGAAAAAACUAAACACAUUAUUCAUGAAAUCCGUAGACUAACAAUGAGUCAACAAAGUUUCAUUAGCUCUUAUCUUAGCAAUUUACUAACUGUGAACAUUAUUUAAUGUAUUACCGUUACUGUUUUUAUCUUUUCAAUAAGGGAUAUCAAAUAAGAAUGAACAACAAAACCAAGUUUGAAUAAACAUGAAUUGUUUCACCUUUUCAAAUAA